AUGGGAGGUGCCAGGUCUAGCCAUGGCGCUGCCUCCCCAGCUGCCAGCGAGCUGCUGAAGAAAGGGAUACAGGGACCAAACUGUGAUUUUCAAGGCAAUGACAAACUAGAGGCAGGUAACAAAGAGGAUCCAGGUUUCUCUUCAGUGAUUCAUGACAAGCUCCAAGUUCCCAAUACCAUUCGUAAGGCGUGGAACGAGAAGGACAACAGAUGUGACGUUUGUGCCACACACCUGAACCAGUUGAAGCAAGAGGCCAUUCAGAUGGUGCUGACCUUAGAACAAGCUGCCAACUCAGAACAUUAUGAUGCCUCACCAGGCUCUCCCCCACCUCUCUCCAAUAACCCCACAUUAGUGAGUCCCCGGCACAUGGGCAGCCUGCAGCCCAGGGACUGGGCGUACAUGCCAGCUCCUUAUGCUACAUCUAAUUAUACAGGCUUUGUUGCCAACAAACACAUUGGCAAACCCAGCAGUCUAGGAAUUGUCAAUGGGGUGGAGAAGAAAAAUGGCUCUCCUGGACACCAAGCCAAGGUCAGCUUUCAGAUGGCCACCAGCCCCAGCAACGGUAAUGUUCUCAACUCUGUGGCAAUCCAGGCUCAUCAGUACCUUGACGGCACCUGGUCUUUGUCAAGAACGAAUGGCGUCACUCUAUAUCCCUACCAAAUAUCUCAGCUUAUGACAGAGACUAGUCGAGAGGGCCUGACUGAAGCAGCGUUGAACCGCUACAAUGCAGAUAAACCCUCCUUGUACAGCUUCCCUGCUUCCCAGAGCACAUAUGUUGCCAGUGAAGUAUCCACAGGCACCUCGGUGGCAGCAUCAUUUUUUGCCAGAGCUGCUCAGAAACUGAACCUGUCUUCCAAGAAGAAGAAACACAGGCCUUCUGCAUCAUCUGUUCCUGAAUCUCCCCUCUUCUCCACUAGCUUCAGCAGUAUUCUUCAGACUUCCCCACCCCCUGCACCACCGUGUUUGUUGAGGGCAGUCAGCAAAGUGAAAGACACCCCUGGUUUGGGCAAGGUCAAAGUCAUGGUGCGCAUUUCUUCCACACUUGCCAGAGACAUGUCUGAGUCCAGCUCUUUCUUAAAAGUUGACCCCCGCAAGAAGCAAAUCACGCUGUAUGACCCGUUGGCCUGUGGAGGUCAGAAUGCUUUCCAGAAAAGGGGCAACCAGGUUCCACCCAAGAUGUUUGCUUUUGAUGCAGUUUUCCCCCAAGAUGCAUCACAGGCUGAAGUAUGUGCUGGGACUGUGGCUGAGGUGAUCCAGUCUGUUGUCAAUGGGGCAGAUGGCUGUGUGUUCUGCUUUGGCCAUGCCAAGCUUGGGAAGUCAUACACCAUGAUCGGGAAGGAUGAUUCCAUGCAAAACCUUGGCAUAAUCCCUUGUGCCAUCUCUUGGCUCUUCAAGUUGAUUAAUGAACGCAAAGAGAAGACAGGAGCCCGCUUCUCAGUCCGAAUUUCUGCAGUUGAAGUGUGGGGGAAAGAAGAAAAUCUGAGAGACCUAUUGUCAGAAGUGGCUACAGGCAGCCUGCAAGAUGGCCAGUCUCCAGGUGUCUACCUUUGUGAGGACCCCAUUUGUGGCAUGCAGCUUCAGAAUCAGAGUGAGCUCCGUGCCCCUACAGCGGAGAAGGCUGCCUUCUUCCUUGAUGCCGCCAUUGCCUCACGUCGCAGCAGCCAGCGGGACUGUGACGAGGAGGAUCACCGCAACUCCCACAUGCUCUUCACUCUGCACAUCUACCAGUACCGCAUGGAGAAGAGCGGCAAAGGAGGAAUGUCUGGAGGUCGCAGCCGCUUGCACCUUAUUGACCUGGGUAGCUGUGUGAAAGUGCUCAGCAAAAACCGGGAGGGAAGCUCUGGCCUCUGUCUCUCACUGUCAGCACUGGGGAACGUCAUCCUCGCCCUCGUCAAUGGAAGCAAACACAUCCCAUACAAAGACAGCAAGCUCACCAUGUUGCUUCGGGAGUCCUUGGGGAAUAUGAACUGCCGCACCACAAUGAUAGCUCACAUUUCAGCCGCUGCGGGGAACUACGCUGAGACACUGUCCACCAUCCAGAUUGCAUCAAGGGUCCUCAGGAUGAAGAAAAAGAAAACUAAGUACACAUCGAGUUCUUCUGGAGGAGAGAGCUCUUGUGAGGAGGGCAGGAUGCGGAGGCCAACCCAGCUGAGGCCUUUCCAUUCUAGGAACACCGUUGACCCAGACUUCCCUAUUUUGCAUUUAUCAAGUGAUCCUGAUUAUUCAUCCAGCAGUGAGCAGUCGUGUGACACGGUGAUUUAUGUUGGCCCCAAUGGCACUGCCCUUUCUGAUAAGGAACUGACAGAUAAUGAGGGUCCCCCUGACUUUGUUCCCAUAGUUCCUGCUCUGCAAAAGACAAAAAACGAGGGCAGGUUGGAGGAAGUUAAUGAAUCAGGGCCCAGCACAUCUGAAAGAGACUGCCUGAAGUGCAACACCUUUGCAGAGCUCCAGGAGAGGCUGGAUUGCAUAGAUGGUAGUGAAGAGACGGACAAAUUUCCCUUUGAAGAGAUGCCUGCUCAAUUUAGCUCAGACCAGAUGUCUAAGUGCUCUGUCUCAAGCCAGCUGGCAGAGCUUAGCCACUUACCAGAGUCAGAUAAGGAAGAUACGAUGCCAGAAUGUCAGCAUCCUGAAAGAGAAGCCAAGGAAAAUAUAAAUGCAACACCCAGCAAAACUAAAAGAAAUCAUUCCCCUGUUCCUUCUGGAGCUCUUACUAAUGUUUCAACUCCUUCUUCUCCCAGGAGUGUAACAGGCAGCUCUAGUAAAGAGCUUAGCUCUUGUCAGUUAGUACACAGCACCAGCUUGCAGAGCAGCAGAGAAAGUCUCAACACCUGUGGAUUUGUAGAAGGCAAACCUCGACCAAUGGGUUCACCCCGGCUUGGCAUCGCGAGCCUCUCGAAGACAUCUGAGUACAAGCCACCAACUUCUCCUUCCCAGAGGUGCAAGGUCUAUACACAGAAAGGAGUCCUGCCCAGCUCCACUCCCCCACCAGCUCCCCUGAGUAAGGAUACUGGGAUGACAUCUAGUGAAUCUUUACUGCAGCCAGAAAUCCGGACCCCACCUGUAGGCAUGAGCCCUCAGAUCAUGAAGAAGCCAGUAUCCUCCAGCAAUGGGGAUUUCGAAGAGACUGUUCUUGAUGAAGAUCGGCAACAAAGCAUUUCGCCAGAAUCCAAGAAGGAGAUUCUGAGCACCACCAUGGUGACUGUGCAGCAGCCGUUAGAGCUGAAUGGAGAGGAUGAGCUGGUGUUCACCCUUGUAGAAGAGCUAACCAUCAGCGGGGUCCUUGACAACGGGCGCCCAACAAGUAUCAUCAGUUUUAACAGUGACUGCUCUGUUCAGGCUUUGGCCUCUGGGUCUAGGCCAGUCAGUAUCAUCAGCAGCAUAUCUGAAGACCUCGAAUGUUACUCCAGUGCAGCUCCUGUGUCUGAAGUCAGCAUCACACAGUUCCUUCCACUUCCAAAGUUGGGUCUGGAUGACAAAUCCCAGGAUGAUGGCAGCAGGCGCUCAUCUAUCAGCUCAUGGUUGAGUGAAAUGAGCACAGGGAGUGAUGGUGAACAGUCGUGCCACAGCUUCAUAGCCCAGGCAUGCUAUGGGCAUGGGGAAGCAAUGGCGGAACCCCCUGUCUCCGAGUUUGCGAGCACCAUACAAAGUGCCAGCAUGAUUUGUGUAAGUGACAAACAGAAGCCAGUGUCUGACAACAUGCUUAUACUAUCAGAAAUGGGGGAGGAAGCUUUCGGCAAAGUGCCACCCAUCAAAGGCUGUAAAAUAUCAGCUCUAGGGAAAACUACUGUCACAAUCAAAAACACUGCAAGCCUCAGCAGCUGUGAAGGCUACAUCCCAAUGAAGACAAACAUUACUGUGUAUCCAUGUAUUGCCGUUAAUCCCUUCAAAGCACAAGACACUGAUGACACUGUACCGGCAGUAACUGCAGACCCAAAGGUUGCUCAUCCCCAUGAUGGGAAAGAAUCCAGUGCUAAGAAGGAUAUCAAAUUUGAAGAUCCUUGGCUGAAGAGAGAAGAAGAUGUAAAAAAAGACAGCUCUGGCAGCAGUGAUGGGUCAAGGCCUGACACGGCCACUGUUUCAGCCAAGCCUGAGCACAGCACAAAGCAGUACUCAGCAGACAGGUUUAGCAGCAGCAGUGGGGACACCUCUAUCUCCCCAGGAUCUGACAGUCUAAAGAGGAUUGUGGAUGGGUGUGAGGUGGCAGUAUCUGGCUGUGCAACCCAAAGCCCUGUUCACUCCAGUGAUGGCUUGAAGAAUGGCAGUCUCCCUCGAGGGCUCCCAAAGGCAAGCAAGCCAGAGGAGCCUGACAGUCACCUCCAUCCUACUGCCAUGGACACCAGUGGAGUCAGCUCUCCUGCGCUGCCGCAGUUUUCUAAGGCUAGCCUUGAUAAGAAAAUGGCCUCUCCCAAACACUGUGUCCUCACUCGUCCCAAAGGGACCCCUCCUCUGCCACCAGUGAGAAAGUCAAGCUUGGAUCAGAAGAACAGAGCCAGCCCCCAGCACAGCGCAGCCAGCAGCACCACGAGCAGUCCCUCCAGCCAGCCUGGGUCCUUCCUGGCCAGCUUCCCCGAGGAGCUGAAUGCCAAACAGAAGGGCCUUGGCAUCGACAACAGUAGCAACAACAGCAGCAGCAAGCUCUUCAGUGCCAAACUGGAGCAGCUCGCCAGCAGGACUAACUCCCUUGGGAGGUCCACAGGAAGCCACUAUGAAUGUUUGUCGCUGGAAAGAGCGGAAAGCCUGUCCUCUGUGAGCUCCAAACUGAGUCCUGGCAAAGACACCACCAUGCCUAGGGCUGGAAGGAGCCUCAGCCGCAGUGUUAUGUCCUCACCCACCAACUCGGGCCUCUCCCAGUCUGCAGGUGCCUCCCCGAAAGCCAGCCAGUCGAAGAUCUCUGCAGUCAGCAAGCUCCUGCUGGCGAGUCCCAAGGCCCGCAGCCUAUCUGCCUCUGCCACCAAAACGCUCAGCUUCUCGACCAAGUCUCUGCCUCAGUCUGUAGGGCAGAGCUCCAGUUUGCCUCCAAGUGGGAAGAACAUGUCCUGGUCAACGCAGUCCCUCAGCAGAAAUCGGGGCUCCAGCCUUGCUUCCAAAUUGCCCCUUCGGGCUGUCAAUGGUCGGAUUUCAGAGCUGCUCCAAGGGAGUGCCAGUGCCAGAGGCUUACAGCCGCGGGGAAACUCAGAGGCAGAUGAGCGUGGGGGCCUUCCUGGAGAUGAGAAGCCAACUGUUCACAUGCUGCCUUCACCUUACAGCAAGAUCACCCCUCCUCGGAAACCUCACCGCUGCAGUAGUGGUCACGGGAGUGACAACAGCAGUGUCCUGAGUGGGGAGCUGCCCCCCGCCAUGGGGAAAACAGCCCUGUUCUACCACAGUGGGGGGAGCAGUGGCUACGAGAGCAUGAUGAGGGACAGCGAGGCGACGGGAAGCGCCUCUUCAGCACAAGACUCCAUGAGCGAAAACAGCAGCUCUGCAAGCGGCAGGUGCCGAAGUCUCAAAAAUCCAAAGAAACGAUCAAAUACAGGUUCACAGAGACGGAGGCUUAUUCCAGCUUUAUCACUUGAUACCACCUCCCCAGCAAGGAAGCCUGCCAACAGCCCCGGGGUCCGCUGGGUGGAUGGGCCCCUGCGAAGUGGGCAGAGGGGGCUGGGGGAGCCCUUUGAGAUCAAAGUCUAUGAGAUAGAUGAUGUGGAGAGGCUCCAGCGGCGACGAGGUGGGGACAGCAAGGAGGUGAUAUGUUUCAAUGCCAAGCUGAAAAUCCUGGAACAUCGCCAGCAGAGAAUUGCUGAGGUCAAGGCCAAAUAUGAGUGGUUGAUGAGAGAACUGGAGGUGACCAAACAGUACCUGAUGCUGGAUCCUAAUAAAUGGCUCAGUGAAUUUGAUCUGGAGCAGGUAUUUGAGCUGGAUUCUCUGGAAUACCUGGAGGCUCUGGAAUGUGUGACCGAGCGUUUGGAAAACCGUGUCAAUUUCUGCAAGGCCCAUCUCAUGAUGAUCACCUGUUUCGACAUCACCUCUAGACGCCGAUAAAGUAUGAACCUCAAGAGAAUUUCAAUGCGCAUCUCUGCCAUCCUCCUUUUCCCUUCUGAAUAGCAUCCCAAAGACAACAGAAUGAGGAUGAAGGUUGGAGUCAAGUCUCAACUGUGUGUAUGAGAGAUUUGCUAUACUAUACAGAAGAGUAGUAUUAAAAAAGCAGGACAAGCAUGAAAAAUGGAGAUAUAAGGCUGUUGAUUCUCUUAUCCUAAAAGAGCACUUUGAGGAACCUUUAAGGACAUGUCUGUAAAUAAGAACUGCUGGCAGAAGACACUUCUUUCCCUGCAUUAGCGGAGGGAGGAGGAAAGGUGGUUGUCGGACUUCCAUUGAGAGGUUCAUUAAAAGAAAACCUAUCCAGAAAAACUGUUUAAGUGCCUUGCAAAUCUUUAUUAUCCAAACAUUUAUGUUCAUACUUUAUUGUGUACAGAUGGUGCUA